ACUUCGGUUGUGAUAUUAUGUACAUUAAGUGUCACUAAUUGUGUGUCAAAAUCCCCGAAAAUCCAUUGAGUAGUUUGACAAUUAAACGAUGAACAAAAUUUUUAAUUGUCAUUGACGAUCGGUGCGGUAAAUAAUUGACAAGUGGCAAUUAAUGUCAGCGUCGUGUCCGGUGUUGAUGAAAACUCGGGUGUCUAUCUGCCAGACUGUGUUGCAGUAUCAUCGUUGACGUCUGGGGGUACGUAGAAGUAGAGAAGAGAAGAACGAGCGAGGAAGAUGUUUAGUUUUCAUAAGCCGAAGGUUUAUCGGUCGACCACUGGAUGCUGCAUCUGCAAAGCCAAAUCCAGCAGCUCCCGAUUCACCGAUAGCAAACGAUAUGAAGAGGAUUUUUUCCCCUGUUUUCUACUCGAAGAGAGACGCACUGGCGAAAUCUGUAACGCUUGUGUGCUGCUUGUAAAAAGAUGGAAAAAGCUACCAGCUGGGAGCAAUCGAAAUUGGAGUCACGUUGUCGACGCACGAGCAGGACCGGGAAUCAAAUCUCUGACGAAAUUCAAGUCAAAGAACAAGAAAAAGCUGAAGGAGAAUAUGGAGAAACUCUCGAGGAAGAAGACAGCGAACAAACAGGACGAGGAUCGCGAGCAGAGCCCCGCAAUGAGCGAUGAUUUGAAUGAUGAGGAGAUGACAGGCACUGGUAGCAAAGGAUCGAGUCGAGCUGGGAGCCCCGAGGGCAGUGAUGACACAAUGAUAACAGACAAAAGACUUAAUGACACAGACUGUAAUGAAGAGAAAGAUGACUACAAUGGGUUCAUUGAUAUGGCUUAUUUCAAAAGGGAGAGAAUCUGCUGUGGAGAAAUCUUCAGAGGUCUCUACGGUGAGAUAAUAGUGGAUCCAUCCCUGAUAAAACGCUGUGCAGGUUGCCUAGCUCGUCAAAGGCGCCAGCGAGAAGCAAAUGUUCCAGCAAACACAAGUCCAUUUCAUAGUUCAGCAGCAGCCAGUCCAGCGCACAGUGCAGCCUCCUCCAGUCCAUCGCACAGUGUCGAUUCAUCCUCAGAGGCAUCAAAAACCACUGGGAAGAUCUUCAGCGACUCCUCCUCAGACUCUGGCUACGAUGAGUCUUCCAAUCCGGGUAUUGGUGAGAGUAAAAUUAUUAAAAGCUGUAGUAACAGCAUUGUCACGAGUAUCAAAGUCCAUCAGAUUAAGGCGAUACAAUUGAAGGCAGCAGCACUGUCAGAAACUGUCAGAUUGACGAGCGAUGUACCUAUUAAAUUAGUGCCCAUAAAGCAGGUAGAAAAAUUCACGUGUAAACCACUCUCAACGCUCGUUACAUCAUCAGGUGCUCCACUUCCAAUAGCUGUACCUAAUAAUCCACUCGUAGAUUUUGCUAUUCAUGCUACAAGACAAUCUGUCACCAAUUAAUGACAGGACACCUGAUGAUAGGUGUCACCGUAAUUUAUACAUAUUUUUUUCUUUUUUCUCUUUCUUUCGUGGUAGUCUAGGUGUACUGGAGACUUCGAUUUCAUUAAUUAGGUAAAUAAAAAUUAUGAAAACUUCCGAUGCAAGUUUCACACUUGGAGUCUCUAUUCUUAAUAACGUGACGAUAUUUUCUUUCUGAUAUAUGUAUAAUGCAGUACAUUAUUGAAUUAGGGAUACUUGCAAUUUAAAGAAUCAUAUUCAAGAGAUCGUGAAAAUUUAUUGUUGUAUUUUUUCGUAUUUAUUACCCGGAGAAAACGGCCUGUGGUGGGUGAAUAAAAAUUUAAUUAUUGGAAUUGUGCAUAAUCCAGGGAGGUUGAAGAAAAUUGAAAAAGGGAAAAAAAUUGAGGAUUGAUACACCAAAAUGCUGUGAUGGAUGUUUAAAUAUGUGAUAUAUUUCAUCUUAGAAAUUUUUAAUCUAAGACGGCAGCUUUUGCGGUAUGUACUAAAAUUGUGAUGAAUUUUUGGAUCGUUUGAAUGAUAAAAUGAUCCUGUCCACAGCGCCGAUUUUAUCUGGGAAAAAAUGUGUGUGUAAAAGUUCUUAGAUGCCAACAAUGUUACUCUAACGUUAGGGGCCAAGUUAAAGUAAACAAUCAGUCAUGAUUUAAGUUGAGAAAUGCUUUUUUUUCGUUCGUGGGAAGAAAACUAGUGAACUCCAUGACGUUAGACGUAAGAAAUUCGUGCUAGAAUGUGUUUAUGCAUCAGUCGUUAAAAUAAUCACUGUUCCUUCAUGAUCAUCAGUGAAAAUGAGGAAAAGUGAGAGAGAAGUCAAUUAUACGACUGAGGAAUUGGGCAAAUGGACUGAGUACUAGACUGUUUGAGAGAGAAAGAAAAAAAAACGUUAUUGAGAGAGAUAGAUAGACAAGACGUCAAGACUAGUUAAGUUAUUAGCAUAAGGUAUUUUCUUCUUCGAUAUUAAAAGAACCGCACAAGGAAGUUACCUCUUGAACCCUCCGAUCGUUUCUAGCCUACUAAAAACAAAAACACUGGUCACAAAUCAUGGACGAGACACAAAGAUUAGUUUUUAAUUGUAAAUGUGCAAUAUUAUAUUCUUUGCGUCUCUACAAAUUGAUUUGGCAUUAUUUUUUUUAUUGUAUAAUAGAUAAAGAACCUUGAAGUUUACGCGUAAACUUCAUAUAUUCAGAGUUUUACAAAAAAUUGAAAAAUACAAAAAAAAGAAAGGCUCAUUGACAAUCGUUGAAAGCUAUCAAUCAAACAUCGAACCAAAUAAUUUGUCCACGGAAGACGUUUGUUCAUUUGUUGCCUCCUCUGUGGACAGAUUAGACUAGCAUUUUUUCUUUGUUUUUCAAUAACAAAUGAAUAAUUAAAGAGUGAAUGUGAGUUGUGAUCUCUUUUACAGUAAUUGUAAGAUCGUAACUGUUACUGUGUGCUAUACUAAUCAUCGAGAUUGGAUUUUUGCAUUUUGUUUUUAAUUCAGGAAGAUGCAAAUGAGACUGCACUUUAUUUAUUUUUAUUUCUCAUCGCAAGUAAUUUCACUUCUCUUCAAUU